GAAAAGAAGGCAGCUCAUUAAGACUAAGACCCCUUAGAGCUAAGCAUUCAAAGUGAGUAGGAGUGAUUUGGAACAGUGAAUUUUGCUUAGAAGCCUUGAGUUCUAGUUCCAACUUUACUUGUUAGCUGUGAGAUGUCAAAGAAGUAAUUUCUAAUCUUCUUGGCAUGACUAUUGCUAUAUUUGUGAUUGAGAGCAUUAGAUUGGUGAACUUCAAGGUCCUUCCUGCUCCAACACUCACUGACUCUGCUAUUUGGGGCAUUUGAAUAAUCAGGAGAAGAAACCAGAUUUUGCAUCUUAGUAUAUAGCAAAAGUGGUUCAAAAAAUGAGCAUAACUUGUUAAUGUGCAUCUAUGUCUUCUUGUGUUAAGACACUCCAUCCUGGGAACCAUGGGGAAGAGAGUGGCCAUUGUUGGGGCUGGCGUCAGUGGAUUGGCUUCCAUCCGGUGCUGCCUGGAAGAGGGGCUGGAGCCCACCUGCUUUGAGAGAAGCAAUGAUGUCGGAGGCCUGUGGAAAUUCUCGGACCGUGCAGAAGAAGGCAGAGCCAGCAUUUACCAGUCUGUAUUCACCAACUCUUCCAAAGAGAUGAUGUGCUUUCCAGACUUCCCUUAUCCCGAUGAUUAUCCCAACUAUAUGCACCACAGCAAACUCCAGGAAUACAUAAGAAUAUUUGCUCAAAAGAAGAAUCUUUUAAGAUAUAUACAGUUUGAGACCCUGGUUUCUAGUAUAAAGAAAUGUCCCAGCUUCUUAGUCACUGGACAAUGGGAAGUUGUCUCAGAAAAGGAUGGGAAACAGGAAUCUGCUAUUUUUGAUGCUGUAAUGAUUUGUUCAGGACAUCAUGUAUACCCCAAUCUACCAACUGAUUCUUUUCCUGGCCUACACCAGUUUCAAGGUCAGUACCUUCAUAGCAGGGACUAUAAAGACCCAGAAGCCUUCAGGGGGAAGAGGGUCCUUGUGAUCGGCCUGGGAAAUUCAGGAUCUGACAUCGCUGUUGAGCUCAGUCGUCUGGCUACACAGGUCAUUAUCAGCAGCAGAAGUGGUUCCUGGGUCAUGAGCCGGGUUUGGAAUGAUGGUUAUCCUUGGGACAUGGUAUAUGUGACCCGCUUUGCAUCCUUUCUCCAAAAUAUACUUCCUUCAUUUGUCUCUGACUGGUUAUAUGUCAAGAAGAUGAACACAUGGUUUAAGCAUGAGAACUACGGCCUGAUGCCUUUAAAUGGUCCCCUGAGGAAAGAGCCUGUGUUCAAUGAUGAGCUCCCAUCCCGCAUCCUGUGUGGCACUGUGUCCAUCAAGCCCAGUGUGAAGGAGUUUACAGAGACCUCAGCUGUAUUUGAGGAUGGUACCAUGUUUGAGGCCAUCGACUCCAUCAUCUUUGCAACGGGCUAUGAUUACGCCUACCCCUUCCUUGAUGACUCCAUCAUCAAAAGCAGAAACAGUGAAGUCACCUUGUUUAAAGGCAUCUUCCCCCCACUAAUAGAGAAGCCAACCUUGGCUGUGAUUGGCCUUGUCCAAUCCCUUGGGGCUGCCAUCCCCACAGCUGACCUGCAGGCUCGUUGGGCUGCUAAAGUGUUUGCAAACUCAUGUACCUUGCCAACUACAAGUGAAAUGAUGGAUGAUAUUGAUGAGAAAAUGGGAAAGAAACUCAAAUGGUUUGGCCAGAGCCAGACUUUGCAGACAGAUUAUAUCACAUACAUGGAUGAGCUGAGCUCCUUCAUAGGAGCCAAGCCUAACAUACCAUGGCUCUUCCUGACUGAUCCCCAGCUGGCCCUGGAGGUGUUCUUCGGUCCUUGCAGCCCUUACCAGUUUCGACUGAUGGGACCAGGGAAGUGGGAUGGGGCCAGAAAUGCCAUCCUGACCCAAUGGGACAGGACAGUAAAGCCAACCAGGACGAGAGCUGUCAGUGAAGCUCAGAGACCCCAACACUUUUAUACUUUGCUCAAAAUGCUUUCAUUCCCAGUGCUUUUGCUUGUUAUUUGGCUUACAUUAUAUUAAUGAGAAUGUCCUUCAGGUCUCAAAGUUUAGCCUAGAGAUUUAAUCAUAUGCUGAAUUGUCAAGUUUGGAGGUACUUGAGAUAAGGAAGAAGGCAGGUGAAGGGGAGCGAGUAUAGAUUUUCAGAAUGAGCAAAAUUGAAUAAAUUUCUUAAGGAUAUUUUAUCAUGGGGAGAAAUGAUGUCACAACAAUGUUGAAUCUUCCUACUCAUGACGUGGUUUAUCUCUUCUUUUAUUUAGAUCUCAGCAAUGUUUUAUAGCUUUUUUGUGUGUAUAGUUCUUAUCCAUCUUAUGUCAGAUUUAUCCUAUUUCAUAUUUUUGGAUGUUAUUAUAAAUGGUAUAUAACAUUAUUAAAUUUCCUAUUGUUUACUGCUUAUACAAGGAAGUUCAAUUAUUUAUCCUAGUAACUUUUUUGUAGAUUCCACAAUACUUUCUACAUAAAUAAUCA